AAUAAAAUUUGUUUUAAUUGAAAUAAUUAAAUUUUAUAGAAAUUUAAAUACGUUUUUUUUGUUCGAUCAAUGGCAUCGGUCAAUCAUGUCACGAAAACCUAUUCAACAGGUUGCUAUGAAUCGACCUAUAGCCGUAUUGUUGGAUAUUGAAGGAACCAUCAGUGAUAUUAAAUUCGUUUCACACAUCCUAUUACCAUUCACUAAGAAUAAUGUUCGAAAAUAUUUUGAAGAAAUGUUCGAUAGACCAGAAUGUCAAGAGAUGAUUGAACGAUUGCGAGAAACACGACAAUAUUAUCCUGAUUAUCCUAACAUUUAUCCAUUGUCUUCGGGUAAAAAUUCUGUGGUAAAAUCGGUCAGUGAUUAUUCAUUGGCACAUAUUGUACAUCGUAAUCGUAUAUCAGAGAUUAAACAGCUACAGAUAUUAUUAUGGAUUUGGGGCUAUGAAAAUGGAUUAUUACGUGGCCAUGUAUAUGAUGAGGUCACUACCGUUCUUCAUAAUUGGAAACAUUCACAACAAAUCAAGAUCUUUGUUUUCAGUUCGGCAAUGGUGUCUGCUCAACAAUUAUUACUUUGCUGUACUAAUCAUGGAAAUUGUCUUCCGUUGAUUGAUGAUUUUUUCGAUUCAUCCAUUGGUGAUAAAUGUAAUCCACAAUCCUAUUGGAAUAUUGCCCAAGCAAUUGGUGAAUCACCAUCAAAAAUUUUAUUUAUUACCGAUAAUAAUAAUGAAGCAAAAGCUGCAUUGAAUGCAAACUAUAAUGUUUGUCUUAUGCGAAGAACUGAUAAAGGUUUCGCCAAAACACCAACGUCUACCAAAUCUACAUUAAGAAAACCUACAAUACAAUAUAAUGAUGGCGGUAUACCCAUUAUUAAUUCCUUAGAAGAUAUCAAAUUUUCUUGAAAUAAAGAAUAAAAAAUUCAAUUUUCUAACACAUGAAAAAGAGUGCCAUCUUGUAGCGAGAAAUCCAUAUACAAAUCAGUUAUUUGUUAUUAAAUAUAGAAAAAAAUAAAUAGACACUAUAUUGGCCAUAAUAUUGAACCGUAACCAAUUUAAUUUUGAAAAAAUUGUCAUAAUAAUUCAUUUAAACGAAUUAAAAUUGUCAUCAUGAAACAACUUUGAUAAUAAUGGGAAAAUUCCUAAAACACAAUGUAAACAAUGCAAGAGGUUAUCAUGGAUCGAUUGAUUAAAAUAAUGUCAUUUGUGCACUGAAUGCCGGCAAUGGUGUCCAAAUAUUUCUUGUUUAUUAAAAAUUUUAAUGGAUUUUAUUAUUUAGCCUGACGUGGAGCUACCGUUUUGGGCAAAAGAAAAAUUUAGAGUAGUUAUAUCUAUUUAGCGCAGAAUCUUUACUUGCAUGCGGCUCAAAACAUUAUAAGUGUUAGAAUAUCAAAUAAUUGUAAAUGAAAAAAAAAGUAAAACGAUAAACGAUUGUAUAUAUCUCUGAUUUGGUGGCGUGGUUUCAGAACUAAUUUAAGAAAAUUUCUAUUGAUAUCAUUUGAUCUGUAUUAUAUGUCUAAUCGAUUUUGUUCGACUACCAUAAUCAUCAAUCCUGAUAUUAAUGUGUUGAUCGUUUGAAUUUUAAAUUUCGUCGUAGCAGCUGUGUAUUAUAAUCCUAUCCGAAAGUAUCCAGAAAAAAAUUUUGAAUUUUCAAACUGCAAAAAACGACAACCAUCAAUUAAUCAUAAUCCAUAUUCCGUCUACUGCGAUAUCAUUCAUUCAUUUGUUUUUAUUGUCGACGUGUAUAUAUGAUCCAUUUAAAUGAUGAUAAUUUUCAAGUUUGGAG